GGUAGCUUCACACGGCGGUUUAAGCUGAGCUGGCUGUUGGCUGUUCCUGUCGACGACUUUCUCUGAGUGGGAGCAGUUGCUGUAGCCAGGAAGGUUUCUUCACACCGAGUGGAACGCACCCCGUGUCAGGCUGCUGUCCACAUCUCACACCAGUCGAGUUUAACUUCAUAACAAAAAAGAGCUCCAGCUCUGUGAAGUCGACGCCAUGGACCCCGCCAGUCAAGAUAUCAACCUGAACUCUCCUAACAAGGGCCUCGGAGUCGAUCGCUCAGACAACCUGUCCGAUGUGCCGGUGGAGGGAGCGGUGGGGAACUCAGCCAACCCUCUUCCCCCGGGCCUGACAGAGGAGGAGGCUGAGGAGCUUCACACUGAGCUCACCAAGGUGGAAGAGGAGAUCAACACCCUGCGUCAGGUUUUGUCAGCCAAAGAGAGACACGCCACAGAGCUGAAGAGGAAACUUGGCCUCAGCCCGCUCAAUGAACUCAAGCAGAACCUCACCAAGAGCUGGCAAGACGUACAAACCUCCAAUGCCUAUGUGAGAACCACUGAGAAACUGAGCGAGUGGAAUGAAAGACUUACCGGUUCGGAUCUAUAUCUGUCUGCCUCAGCCACUUUGGAUGACAUUACCCGCUCUGAAGCAUACAAGAAGACUCAGGAGACUCUUUCCCAGGCAGGACAGAAGACAAGUGCAGCUCUCACCACAGUGGGCACGGCCAUCAGCAGGAGGCUAGGCGACAUGAGAGCUCUGCCUUUCUCUAAUUCCUUUAGUAGCAACUAUUCCAUUCGCCACUCGAUAAGUAUGCCGGCAAUGAGGAACUCUGCAACCUUCAAGUCAUUUGAAGAUAAAAUGGGGAACCUGAAGUAUAAGGUCGUCGGCCCCAGAGGGAACGGGGACGCCGUCAGCUCCCCCACCGACACCACCCCCACUCAGGAGAACCCACCUUUCUGAAUGCACCCCACCUCCUCCUCCUCCUCCUCGCUGCCACCUUCCUCACAACCCUUAGACUGUACUGUUACCACCUCUCAUCGCAGAGUCACCUCAGACCUUUGACUCUCCACCUCAGCGACUCGCCGCCACUCGUUUGCCCCAAGGUCCGUAAACGGCAGCAGGCAGAAGUGAAGGACUCGUGGUGUUUGAGUUGUCAGCUUUUCCCCUCCAGCCCCAUCACCGCUGGUCCCAUGGCCUCCGCUCUUCUGCCUCGCUGCUGACAAAAAUGUUUUGUUGAUGUCUAAACCUGAAUAAUUUACCAGCCUCGCUUGGUGACAUCACUGCCGCCUGCCUCCACGGUCUCCCUAUUAAAUCCAUUUGUUAGUCCAAAUAAGUUGACACUCCUCCUUUUUAAACAAACUUGGCUAAAGAAAUGGCUAAAAAGGCAUUAAAAGAUGUCUCAAACUCAGCAUCUUUAAUUUUGGAAUUGAGACUUCUUGACACACUGGUUGAUUGCGUGGGAGUCUGAUAUCUAAAAAUUUACUCUGCAGGUGUAUUUUUUUUUUUUUUUUUGCGCUCCCAACUCAGAGUUUAGUGGCUAGGGUUUGUUCAGACUGAGGGUGGAGGAGGAUUUUACGGGCAUAAUAUAAAUGAUGGUGUAUUUGCUAGUUAAAUCUACUAUUCUCGUCUUCUUAUUUCUGACUACUAUCACCUACUUAAGUGAUGCAUUCACACUGUGAGCACGUGCCCCGCCUGUUUCUCAAACUCAUAUCCGGUUUGUUUCACAGCUCUGCGGCUACAUCGCAGGUUUAGCAUUUAGUGGUUUGACUUGGGGAGGGGUGGGGACGGGGGCCAAGAUCCAAGACAUCUCCUCCUGCUACAUGCAUGUGCAUAUCUCAUCUCAGUUGUACCAUACGAACCGUGCAAACACGGCUAAAGACACCCCAGGAUGUAAAAACAGAAAAAAACCAUUUUGUAUUAUAAACUAUUUUACACUGCUUUGCAUAAUGUUUUUACAUAACUUUUAUCAAUAUGUAUAAAUAUAUAUGAAUAAAUAUAUUGUCACCGAUACUGCCGAAUGGUAGUAAUCAGGUUGGGAGGAUGGAAAAAAACUAAUAAAAGCGGCACAGGGAGGCUGAACAAACUUUGAAAAUGGGGAAAACAAAGAAACACUAUGGGUCAGUUUCACAGAUGUCACUUCUUUGUCUGCCAGGAGUUGGGUUUUUUCUGUUCAAAGUACAUUUUGGGUCAAAAAUAACGUUUGUGAGACUGACUCAUGAAUGAGCUGCAGCGUUUUUGUACCCGUCUGGGCACAAGACGAAUCAAACCAAGGUGGGAAGAAACAUAGUUGACUGGUUUCAAUCAAGAAGUCAAACUAACUGCUGCCUUUGAAAGGAACUUGUGAGCGUCUAGAAGCUACUGGGGCUGAUAAUUUAGCAAGCUAAUGACUGUAACACCAUGCAUAUGCAGAACGUUUUCCUCAGAUAUGUAUAUAAAGGUAUGAAGAAAAACUACAACAUUUUGACAAAAACUACAGCCUGUUACUUACUAUUUACCAAGAAAGGACCUCCACCAUUUCUGGAAAUGGCUGCAAACAUGUUACAACUCCUCUGCAAGGUUGUGAAUAGAGAAAAGAGAGGCAGCAUUCACAGGAAUAAUUCUUGAAAGCGUGAAAACCCUCUGAAACCACCUCGACUGUGUUUCUUGGUCACCCAGGUUUGGCUGCUGCUUCCUUCUUUUUGUUAACAAUGUGAGACGAUGCUUUGCUGUGUACACUACCUGGUGAAUGUCGACGCUUCUCUAUCAGCCUUACUCACUUUUAAUGGCUCACCUCUUAUUAGAAUUUAGCUGGUAGAAAAGUAGCUGUUUUCUGUCUUUGUUCUACUUUUGUUUAUUUUUUUGAUUUAAGUCGUUACAGACUGCUUUGAGUGAAGGAAGGGGGAGUAAGCUUGAAGACAUUUAUGGUGCGUUCCAAAUCCCAUGCUUUCUUUGUCUUUUUCCUUUCAGCUGCUCUUGCAUGCAGUACGCAUCCAACUCAGACUUCGUCAUAUAAUUGCGGCUUAAACUUUGACCAUCUUGCUUAGAGAACCGUCACAGUCUGCAGUGCAAAAUGAGCUGUUUUGCGUUUGUGUGCCCUCGGCGGCUCAAGGUGGUUUUACAACACACUGUGACGUUAUCUGCUGCUGUGCAAAGGAUUGUGGGUUGGAAUGACCAGAGAAGCAUUCUGGCUUUCACACUGCAAGAUGCAAACAGAUGUAGCAGACAUACUGGUAUUUUUGCCAUAUUAUUCAUUCUUUUUCUGCCAUACCUUAUAGUAUGGGUCUUUGAACGCACCCUUAAAUUCUGACGGGUCACAAUUUGUGUCAUCUCGCUGUCCUAGCAGAAACUUUGCGAACAAAUGCACUCCUCUUAACACACAUUGAACGUCACUAAAUCGCACACGUGCUGCAUGAAGCCAAACUAACACGAACCUUUAACACAAAACGCUCUUACGCUUGUGAAACCUAUACCGCCUCAGAAACAGUGACAGUUCCCUGGAUUGUGUAGUACUGUCACUUUUCUCCUGAAAAAGAAGUUGUAGUCUUAGUUUUUGUUUUUCUAUGGUAGUGAAAUUUCCCAACAACAACAAAAAAGUGCACUACUACCAAAUAUUCUCCUGCAGCUUGCCAAAUUUGGCUUAAAAAUGUUGGUCAACUUGAGCCAUUACUGCGUUUUGUUUUUUUUUCUGGACAUCGAAGGCAUUUCAGCUUUGCCAAAAAUAAUAUUCACCUGUUAAAACUACAGAAACAUGUGGACAGGUGUUUUAUUGUGGGAUUAGAGUCAUACCUUUAAACAUUUUAGAAUGAUAAGCCUAUAAAACAGCUGAAAAUUAAUGAAACAGAAGAAUCUCCAAGUGAAAAAGUUGGACUCCAAUGAACAGAUGUGAAAAAAAAACAUGAUUUAUGGACACAACUUCCUGUCAAACUGCUUCAAAACUGUUGCCAGUGUAUUCAAAAGUGUGGGUUUUUUUGUUUUGUAUGUUUGUGUUGAUCAUUUUGGUAGAUAAUAUAUUCCUGUUAGCUGAUUUAUUAUGUUUUACCCUCAGUUUGAAGACUUUACAGAGGAUUUAUUAUUUGUGCUAUUAGUGCACCAUCACUUUAAACCAACUUGCCAAUAUUUAAAUAUCUGUUACAGAAUCUCUUUCUGUCUGCGUGUCUCAGCUUUGCCAAGAUGAAAACUCUCGUACACUUCAAGAAAUGCUCAUUUGAAGUCAUUUAUUUUAGUAUUGGCUCCUAAAAUCAUGUGUAUUUUCUUGCACAAAGUGAAGAAAUUCUCUGCGCGUGAGAACAAUAUGAUUUUUAAGACUGAAAUAAAUGAUUUUUCUUGCA